AUGGCGGAAACCAGUCCCAUCCCCCCAGAGUCCCCAUCGGCGGGCGACCAGUCCGAACGGCCGAGGAAAAGGCUCCGCAAAGGCACCAGGAGUUGCUGGGAGUGCAAGCGGCGAAAAGUCGGCUGCAUACUGGAAACCCCUACCAGUGCCGUCUGCAACGAUUGCAGGCGCCGUGGGACGGCCUGCGUGAGCCAAGAGUUCCCUGACCCCCCUGCGGGCACUGGCAGCAGACAGCGGGCGGUUGAGGAUAGGCUGGGCCGCUUGGAAGCCCUCAGGGAGCUAAUAGCAGUACCCUCCCCCAGGCCAAUCACUCCAAUCCCAGGCCCGGUGCCUACUUUGGCAUCUUCCAAGUACGACGAACUGUCCCAGAAACUUUCUGCUGCGUGGCCUAGCCAGCACGACCUCGAUGUGCUCCUGGACAUUCCGGACGGUACUAAAGGCUUCCACCUCUACAAAGGAGGCUGUCUGGCGUGUGAUGGCGUCGUACGGCCCCGUGGCAUCCUCCGGUUGCCACCGCCCGGUUCCCAUCCCGUUCUGGUCGCUCGCAAGCUUCUGCUCCUGAGCAUUUUCCUUCAGGGGGCAAUGUCCAGCCCGGCCCAGGAGGCCACGGGCGUGAAACCGGACUGGCACGCCAUCAUGGCGCGGGUAGUGGACGCCGCUAGGCUGGUAACGGCCAACGAUGAUCUCGCCGGCUCCGUCGAGGGGAUAGAAUGUCUCCUCAUGGAGAGCAUGUACCACGACGCCGUUGGGAAUCUCCACCGCGCGUUCUUGGCCAUACGCCGGGCAAUAACUAUGGCACAGAUGAUGGGACUACACCGAGGCAACAGGGCCCCCAACUCGAGCGAGAUCGACCCGCGACAGUUGUGGUUCCGCCUGACUCAGGCCGAUCGCUACAUCUCUCUCGUGCUGGGCCUGCCCCAGGGCUCGUGCGAUGAUGUCUUUGCCACGCCCAAGGCUCUCGAGGACUUCCCACCGCACGCGGCCGAGCGAAUGCGACGACUCGACGUCCUAGCAGCCGGGCUCAUCUUGCAGCGCAACGUGUCCGACAUGUACAACUCGGGUGUCACACGCGAGAUCGACAAGUUGCUUCGAAAGUCGGCUGCCGGGUUGCCGUCUCCGUGGUGGCGACCCGCCAACCUUGCCGUGUUCCGCUCUAGCCGCGACGCCCCGGGAGUUUUUGAGGAGGUAAUACGCCUAAUGGACCAGUUUGUCCACUAUCACCUGUUGGCGCAACUGCACUUACCAUACCUCCUCUGUUCCCCCGCGAACGCCAAGGACGACGACAACAAUCAGUCCAUGUACAGCAAGAUCACAGCCGCCAACGCCUGCCGCGAGCUUUUGACCCGCUUCGUAUCUUUUCACCAGGCCAGUCCAACCGCCCACUACUGCCGCGGCGUCGAUUUCCUGGCGUUCUUCGCCACGUCGACGCUGUGCCUCGCUCAUCUCGAGGCUUCCCGCCAGAGUCAA